GUUUACGCUUCUCAGAACUGCCUGAUACCCCACUCUCGGCCCUUUCAAAUUUAGGCCAUAAUACAUCGUAUUUGACACUCGAACACUUGAUUUUGACAUGCGGCUUGUAAAUAUUCGGGCGCGGAAGUAUCCAAUGUAGAAGCUAACGGUAUUCUUUGCGCUUCAUAUUAAUAUUUUCAAGUAUCGGAAAAGAUGCGGGUAUUUGACGCGAAGUGAGCCUAUAACAGUAAAGUGCGAGUCGUAAUAAUGGUGAAAUGUCGACUUAAAUCAAAAAAGCAUCGUUGUGUAUACAUCAAACACAUAACGAAUCAUCAAAGAUGUUAACCUGUUUAAGAAAAAUACUUAAGCGGAGUCUCGCAGUUGGUAAAUUGCGCAAUCUGCUUCUACCUUUCGUUAUUCGAAAAAUAUGUGCGAUUGAAAGGGUGAUGCCACACUCGGUAUGGUUUAUAGUCACUUUGCAGCUCAUUAAAAAAAUAAUAGACAUCUCCAUUUAUGAGUUUGAAAUCUUUAUGCGCAUCGAUAAGCUGCAGAGAUCGGUGCUAGCAGCGAUUCUCUGCUGCUUCACGUCGAGACAUCAUGAAGCUUUAUCCGCGUUUCUCACUUUUAUGUAGAAAUUGCUGGUAUAUCGACUGAGAAUGAGCUUGACUUUUUUCUU